AAGAAAACAAUGAUUAUUGAUGAUUCCAAUUUACAACAUCCAACGAACCUUCUGAGAAGAAGCAGAGCAGAGACGAAAGAAGAAAGGUAAAGUGAAGAUGGGAGCAGAGCAGGCUCUUAAGAUAAUUCUACGCAUUAAGUUCCCUCAAAGGCACUCCAAACCCCCUGCUUCAGCUGAAAAUCAAGCAACAAACAAACAUGCAGAAAUCGUCAAUGGCUUGAUUGCAAGGUCAAGUUCUGACGUUCCCGCUCCACCUAUCAACACUGCUGUUGGAGAAAAAGCAUCUCUUUUACCGAAACGUACUCCUGCCUCCGAGAGGGAGUUCGAGGCUAUUCUGACCCAAGACCAGAACCCAAGUACAAGCAACCCAACAGUGGCCCAGCAAAACACCCGAGAUCAACAAGCAACCGGUGGCAGCCCAAGACCUGAGACCCGGAUUCGUUGGAGGCCCAAUACGAACCAGUUAGGGUUUCUAAAACCCUAACUUUCCACUUUGCGU